UUUCAUGUCCCCUCUCUCCCCAUUUCUCUAAUUGUAACAAUCUUGUCGUUUUUCCCUUUCUUUUCAAUCCAUAAUUCUCCAUAGUAAUCGAACCAGUUACUGUUUACCAUGUACUCGGAGAUCACACCGUAUGCAUCUACCCUUUUUUACUUUUAUGGGUGUUUGUUGGAUUUGAAUAUUCGAGAAUAAAUCUCGUCGGUGUAGAAGCUUGAAAGUUUAGAGCCAACCCCAUGUGCCGACUCUGCUCUAGCAAUUAGCCUGACUGAAGAAAACAAAAUUUAAUCCAAUAAGCGGGCGUUUCAUGAACAACCCACUAAAAAACGCGCGGCAAAUGCUUGUUUUACACUGUUCAGGACCUUACGUACAACAAAUCACUUUCAGACCAAUUCUGGCCAGGAGUUAAUGAAAAAUCUGCACGAAUUUCAACCAUGGCGACUGUACUGUCUCUACGUCUGUGUCUUCUGUAGGAUCAAUUCUUCGGGAACCCAGAGGAAGGAGAUAUUCUGGGAUCUGAGUUUUUUGGGUUCCCUUUUUUUUUCCUUGUCAAUCUCAAGAUCCCAAUUUCGUAAGCUAAAAACUUGCAGUUUUCACUUGUAAUGAUGAGCCAUUUGUUAUUUUAUCUGAUUUGCUUCCUCUCUCUCGUGGGAAUCUCCCACGGAUCUUACUACACUGAGCAAGAGAGAGAUAGGAUCACCCAAUUGCCAGGGCAGCCAAAGAAUGUGGAUUUUGCCCAGUAUUCUGGCUAUGUUACUGUGGAUAAGCAAGCUGGGAGGGCAUUGUUUUAUUGGCUGACCGAGGCGCCAACUAGCCGUGUACCGAAUUCAAGGCCUCUUGUAUUGUGGUUGAAUGGUGGCCCUGGUUGCUCUUCUGUUGCCUAUGGAGCAGCUGAAGAAAUUGGACCUUUCCACAUUAAGUCUGAUGGGAGGACCCUUUACUUGAAUCAAUAUGCUUGGAACAAUUUAGCAAAUUUGCUGUUCCUAGAAUCCCCAGCUGGUGUUGGCUUUUCCUACUCCAAUACUACAUCAGAUUUGUACAUUGUAGGAGACCAGAAAACAGCUGAAGAUGCAUACAAUUUUUUAGUCAAUUGGUUUGAAAGGUUUCCUCAGUACAAGCACCGAGAUUUUUAUAUUGCUGGAGAGAGUUAUGCAGGUCACUAUGUUCCUCAGCUAUCACAGUUAAUUUAUGAAAGAAAUAAGGGAAUUCAGAAUCCAGUUAUAAAUUUCAAGGGAUUUAUGGUGGGGAAUGCUGUCACUGAUGACUACCAUGACUUUGUUGGCACAUUCGAGUACUGGUGGACUCAUGGUCUGAUAUCUGAUUUGACCUAUCGACUGCUACGACGUGCGUGUGAUUUUGGAUCCUCUCAGCACCCAUCAGUAGAAUGCAAGAAAGCUCUUUUAGUUGCAGAGCUCGAACAAGGAAAUAUCGAUCCAUAUAGCAUUUACACUAAGCCGUGCAAUGGUACUGGAUCUUUGAGGCAUAACCUGAGGGGCCAUUAUCCAUGGAUGUCCAGAGCAUAUGAUCCAUGCACUGAGAGGUACUCUGUCACGUACUUCAAUCACCCCGAUGUUCAGAAGGCGUUCCAUGCUAAUGUAACUGGGAUUAUUUACCCAUGGAGUACAUGCAGUAAUCUUGUUGGGACCUACUGGGCCGAUUCUCCGCUCUCUAUGCUUCCUAUAUAUCAAGAACUGAUUAAUGCUGGUCUCAGAAUUUGGGUAUACAGCGGUGACACUGAUUCAGUGGUUCCCGUGACAGCAACACGAUAUUCCAUCGAUGCUUUAAAACUCCCAACUGUAAGCAACUGGUAUCCCUGGUAUGACCAUGGAAAGGUAGGUGGAUGGAGCCAAAUAUACAAAGGGCUGACAUUCGUUACUGUGGCUGGAGCGGGUCAUGAGGUCCCGCUCCACCGUCCUCGUCAAGCAUUCAUUCUUUUUAGAUCAUUUUUGGAGAAUAAGCCGAUGCCACGUUGAAGAUAAGCAUAGUUAAAUUUAUAGCAAAAGAAGAAUAGAACGGUUUUCUGUACAGAAGAUCUCGGGAAAAAGACCAGAGUGUGAGAAGCAUUCGUCUUGAGUGCCAUUAUUCUUGCAUCGAAUAUCAUCAUUCUUAUCUUAUUGUCUCUCCAUUCUUUCAGCAAAUGUAUUGUCAUUCAGCAGACAAUUGUAUCAAUAAGGUAACAUCAUCUAAUUGUUUGUGGAGUACCAAAAUCUCACUUCUAGAGCACUUUCUUCAUGAUCUUAUUCCUUGACAGGAUUGAACAACUUUUGCUGAUUGCAUUCAUUAAUAACAGUUAAAGAGAAGAGACCCGAGGUUUCGGUUUCGGUUUUUGGCUUUA